AUGGGGGCAGUGGAAGAUGUUACGUUCGCCAAGGGGGCAGAUGGACUGUCGGAGCCCGAGGGCAUCUCUCUGAAACGCGUGGCUGUGGUGGAAGAUUUCUUUGACAUCAUAUACUCGAUGCAUGUGGAGAGCUCGUCGGAGCCGGGCAAAGCACCCAAACAUGCCGGGCAGAAGAAAACCUACCGAGCGAUUGCAGAGACCUAUGCUUUUCUUCCGAGAGAAGCUGUGACCAGGUUCCUGAUGAGUUGCACUGAGUGCCAGAAGAGGAUGCAUUUCAACUCCAACGGACUGGAGCCCAAAGAGAGCGAACCACCUUCCUCUUUGGUUUCUGGGAUCAUUGACUACAACAUGCCCCUCACCUCUACUUAUCUGAAGCAAAUGAAGCUGCGGGUAAUGAAUUCACAGGAACAGGAUGAGACAUCGGUGAGCAGCGAGGACUUUGAUAUGAACGACUCCACAUGGAUCUCAGCUGACCAGCACCUGAACUCCAGCCUGAGCCCCAGCCAGGACGAGAGCAUGCGCAGCCCGCAGAACCUGCACAGCCAGGAGGACGAUGACUCCUCAUCAGAGAGCUGCAGCGGGAAUGGCUCCUCCACCCUGAACCCCUCCACAUCCAGCAGCACGCAGGGCGACAGCACCUUCCCCGAAAUGAACGGGAAUGGCACCGCGGCCCCCAUGGACUUCACCGCCUCUGCCGAUGACCAGCCCAUCAACCUCUGCGACAAGCUCGCGCCUGCCCACGUCACCCCUUCCUACCAGUCGGACAGCUGCAGCGCCGACGGUCUGCGCAGCAGGGUCAAGUACGCGGUGAAGACCACGGCAGAGUCCCCUCCGUACAGCUCUGGCAGCUACGACUCCAUCAAGACAGAGGUCAGCGGCUGCCCCGAGGACCUGACCGUUGGCAGGGCCCCCACGGCUGACGAAGAUGAUGAUGACCACGAUGACCACGAAGACAAUGAUAAGAUAAAUGACUCGGAGGGGAUGGACCCGGAGAGGCUAAAGGCCUUCAACAUGUUCGUGCGCCUUUUCGUGGAUGAGAACCUGGACCGGAUGGUUCCCAUCUCCAAGCAGCCCAAGGAGAAGAUCCAGGCCAUCAUCGAGUCCUGCAGCCGGCAGUUCCCCGAGUUUCAGGAGCGGGCACGCAAGCGCAUCCGCACCUACCUCAAGUCCUGCCGCCGCAUGAAGAAGAACGGGAUGGAGAUGACCAGGCCCACACCGCCGCACCUGACCUCGGCCAUGGCGGAGAACAUCCUGGCCGCCGCCUGCGAGAGCGAAACGCGGAAAGCAGCCAAGAGGAUGCGGCUGGAGAUCUACCAGACCUCCCAGGAUGAACCGAUCGCUCUAGACAAGCAGCACUCCAGAGACUCCACAGCCAUUACCCACUCCUCCUAUUCACUGCCAGCUUCAUCUUACUCCCAAGACCCGGUCUACAUCAAUGGAAGCCUGAACUACAGCUACCGUGGCUACGGGUCCCUGGGGGGCAGCCUGCAGCCACCCGCCUCCCUCCAGACGGGCAACCACAGUAACGGUCCAACCGAUCUCAGCAUGAAAGGUGGGGCCUCCAGCACGGCCCCCUCCAACAGCACCAGCAGGGGAAUGCAGGCUGCCCAGCUCAGCCCCACGGAGAUCAGCGCAGUGCGGCAGCUGAUCGCCGGCUACCGAGAGUCGGCAGCGUUUCUGCUUCGAUCUGCAGACGAACUGGAAAACCUCAUUUUACAGCAGAACUGA